UCUUCCCGGGUCCGCGCCGCUGACUCCUGGGGGGCGGGGCGAAGGCCAGGCUGGGAGAAGAGGCGGGGCGGCGGCUGCGCGCCUGCGCGGAAGAGAGUUUAGGGGCGGUGGCUCCGCGGCUGGUCUGGCGUGAGUGAUUUGAGACGAAAUGCAGGACCCCAAUGCAGACACCGAGUGGAAUGACAUCUUACGCAAAAAGGGCAUCUUGCCCUCAAAGGACAGUUUGAAAGACUUGGAAAAGGAGGCAGAAGAGGAGGAGCAGCGUGUCCUUGAACAGUCAGUUGUGAAAACGUACGAGUCUAUGACCUUGGAAGAACUGGAGGAAAAUGAAGAUGAAUUUAAUGAGGAAGACGAACGUGCCAUUGAAAUGUACAGGCAGCAGAGACUGGCCGAGUGGAAGGCAACGAAACUCAAGAAUAAAUUUGGAGAAGUUUUGGAGAUCUCAGGAAAGGAUUAUGUUCAAGAAGUUACCAAAGCCGGUGAGGGCUUGUGGGUAAUCUUGCACCUUUACAAACAAGGGAUUCCCCUCUGUGCCCUGAUAAAUCAGCACUUCAGUGGACUUGCCAGGAAGUUUCCUGACGUCAAAUUUAUCAAAGCAAUUUCAACAACCUGCAUACCCAAUUUUCCUGAUAGGAAUCUGCCAACAGUAUUCAUUUACCUUGAAGGUGAUAUCAAGGCUCAAUUUAUUGGGCCCCUGGUAUUUGGUGGCAUGAACCUGACAAGAGAUGAAUUGGAGUGGAAAUUGUCUGAGUCUGGAGCCAUCAAGACAGACCUGGAGGAGAACCCAAAGAAGCCAAUUGCAGACGCACUGCUGUCCUCCGUGCGGGGCUCCGGCCCUGGGAGGAGGGGCAGCGGGUCUGAGGACCACUGAGGCCACCGUCCGGGAAUGUGCUGAGCUUUCUUGAUGUGACAUCUUGUCUGGAUUUUUUGAAAAGAAAACGUUGGAAUGUAUGUUUCAGUUUUUAGCCUUUUAUGAUUAUGUUUCAAAUCUCAUAAAUAUCAGAGAUUAUCACUGCUGGGAAUCCUAUUAAGUUUCUUGGGACUCUCUUUUUAAAUUACCAUUGCCUUAAAAAAGUAAAAGUAAUAACCAGC